AUGGAGAAGCUAAACACUGAGGAUGGACAACUCUUCAUCAAGAACCUUGCCAGCUUCGUCCGCACUCACGAAAAGGCGCUUGCAAACGCUUUGCAGCUCCGCCGCCAAUCCAAGAAUGUCGUAACCCCUCAAGCGCCGACCAGCUCCUCGAGCGCCGGUGCCUCCUUUUCCUCCACCUCCCUAACCCUGGCUGCGGCAUUGUCCUUUGGCGCAUUGAAAUUCACUUCGCAGAACAUCAAGCCCGCUAAACUCACCCUCACCCCUCACCACCUCUUUUACCUCCUAUCGCGCUUCGAGGAUUUGUCUAUUGCGGUGGGCCCGAUGAAUGUCCGACUCGAGAAUAUCCACACCGAAGUCUCUCAGUCCUAUGUGUCCUUUUUGAACAAGCCCCAGCGAUCCAAGGGCGAUGGAGCGUCGAUCCACUCCGUCUCCAGCGUCCGUAGUGUCAUGUCCGGCAUGAGUGGUCUGUGGUCCUCAUUCGGCCUCGGUUCCAAGGACUCGAUUUCCAAGUCUGACAAGGCCAAGGUCGCCUUGGAAGCCGACUUGAAGUACUUGUACUCGGCCUUUACCAAGAUCCCCUGCCUGCGCCUGGCCCCGGACCACCGCGCCCGCCUGAUUCGAGGAUAUGAAGAGUUCCCGUUCGAUACGGCUGUGCCGCUGCAUUCCUUCAAAAAUUUGGGCGCUCUGGAGAUCAUUGACAUAGACUACCGCUCCUUCUAUGGUUGGGACCGCCUGUCGGAGCAGCUGCGCACCUUGACUGUCAAACGGGCUCAUUUGGAUGACCCAGCUGAUCUAUUGACGAGGAUCGUGCUAGACGAUAUUGACAAGCGCCGCCGUCGCUCGGCCAAGUCUCAACAGUCGCCGCCGCUGGGUUGGACCAGUAGCACGACGGGUACACAGCCAGUUCACACCCCCGACCAUUCAAUCUCGGCGCCUGGUUCUCCCGUUGCUGAGACUGCGCUUGCUAGUAGCACCAGUCCCAAGUCUGUCCCCAUGAUGCGAGCCGGCUCCGAGGGGACGAAGACCCGCACCCGGGCUGAGAGCAUCUCCCCUACUCGGCCUUCUACCAAGCACAGUCACCGCCACAGCCGUGGACAAUCCGCACGGAUUCGUCGCACUGGCUCUGGCAGCUCAAACUCGAGCGAUACAUCCGGUGGCUAUCGAACUGGUGGAUCGGCGACUCUUCUCCCUGGCGUUCUUCCUCCUUCGAAAUGGCGGUUCCUGCGACACCUGGGUCUUCCCGAGAACUCCUUGACCUCCAUCUCGGCUGCCAGCCUUGCUCCCGUGGCCAACACGCUCAACUCCCUCGACCUGUCGUCAAACCUCUUGACUGAGAUUCCCGACAGUCUGGCAUCCCUCAUGGCUCUGCGUGCGCUCAACCUGUCUCACUGCAUGAUCGAAUCCCUGCACUCCCUGACGCGCAACCCACUCCCCGCGAUCACUGCUCUCAAUCUUCGUGGCAACCGACUUCGCUCACUUGCCGGCAUCGAACGCCUUCUCUCCCUGGAGCGCCUGGAUCUCCGCGACAACAACAUCAUGGACCCGACGGAAAUGGCACGACUCACCAGUCUCCCUGAAAUACGGGAGAUUUGGGUGUCUGGAAACCCGUUCGUAAAGACUCACUCCAACUAUCGUGUCAUCAUCAUGAAUCUCUUCCGUCGCACUCCUGGCUACUCCGAGGACAUUAUUAUUGAUGGUCGUGGACCUGGCUAUACCGAGCGAAAACAACUGGUGGACCGUGUUGCCGAGCCCGAGGGCGCCCCAGUCGUGCGCUCGAGUGCGGCAGAUCAGUCGGUCGUAGUCCACAAGCCCAUCAGUGCUGUCGUUGUCCAAGAGACUCCCCCACCUGUUCCCCCAAAGGAUGAUGUGGACUUUCAUCCAAAGAGUGUCCCACAGCUAGAGACUGAAAGCGGGACUAAUCGUCGGAAGAAGAUUCAGCGCCGUCGCAUUGUCGACCUCUCCACAGACAAUCCGUUCACCACCGAUGGCCUAGGAACUCCUGGGCCCAGCAUGCCGGCAGUACUGCCCGUUCAGCAGCUGCACAGCCCGACCAAUACCCCCGUUGUGCUCCCAUAUGAACAUCAAUUGCGGCUCGACAGCGGGACUCCCUCCGGGUCUUCCAGCAUCCAGAGCCCGAUCAAGCAUGUGCAAUCCUCGAGUCCCCAUGCAGUGGUGCAGCCUACCCCAAGUAAAGACUGGGCCUUGGACGAAGAACUGUGCCGGCAACAGUUGGAGGCCUUGCGACAGGAAGUGGGACAUAGCUGGAUCAGCGUCCUGGGAGACCAUCCCUGGGACAAUGCACAGAAGGGCUUUGCAGCACAUCACCUGGCAGGGGCCGGGCUAGACCAUCCAGUCAUUCCGACGGCACCUCUCGUCCGUGCCAAUAGCCAUGCCAUCCUGAGCGGAGGCCAUGCGCUGGGGGGUUAG